AUGGAGGUGAAGGAGAGGCAGGAGGCCGAAACGGCGACGUCGGUCUUGCCGAGGAAGGGGAAGAAGAAGGGGAUCCUAAAGAAAGCCAAACCGAUGACGCAAGAGGCUGCGGAAAAGCGGAAGCUGCUCGAGGAAUACAGGAAGAAGAUCGAGAGCCAGCUGCUGGCUAAGGUAGAGCGAGAGAGGAAGGUACUGGUGAUGUGCAGGAGACUGUUUGAAAACGACUCCGUUAGCCUGGAGGAGCUGGAGGAAACGGGCGAGUGGAUCUCGAUCCAGGACUACGAGGACGCUACGAAGGAACGAGCGCUAAAGGGGCUCUGCGGCUACCCUCUCUGCCAUCGCUCCCUGCAAGACGCGUCGAAGCCCGUGGGCAAGUCUCAGAUUUUGUUCGAGAGGAGAACGGUGUCCAGCGUCAAGGGGAGGAAGUACUUCUGCUCCGAAGGCUGCGGCAUGGCAAGCUCCAUCUUCAAAGGCUCCCUGCAAGCCUACCGGCCGAUGAAGGACGUCAGUGAGGAGAUGGUGAGGCUCCGAGCACCUGGCUUGUCCUCCCUCACUCCCGUCUCUUCGCUCUUCUUUCCUUGA